UUUUGGAUCUGUUCUUUUUUCUUUCUUUAAUCUGUGUGUGCGCUCUCUUUCCAGAUGAGAACGAGUGUGCAUUAGGUGGUCACGGGUGUGACACCAACGCUCGUUGUGGUAACGUCAUUGGCUCUUAUUUCUGCCAGUGCUACCAGGGCUUCAAUGGAGACGGGCACUCUUGUUUUGACAUUGAUGAGUGUGCUCUAAACAACGGCCACUGUCAACACAACUGCUCCAACGAACCAGGAGGGUACAGCUGCCAGUGUGACCUAGGCUACCAGCUGGACAAGGAUGGACUCAACUGCACAGAUGUUGAUGAGUGUCUGACACUGAAUGGGACCUGCGAGCAUAUUUGCAUCGACACUCAGGGAUCUUUCCAGUGCUCCUGCAGGCCCGGCUACCAGCUGCACAUCGAUGGCCACACCUGUGUGGAUAUUGAUGAAUGUAAACUCCAGAGUGGCGGCUGCUCUCACAUCUGCACCAACUCUCCGGGAGGAUACAUUUGCCACUGCCCGCCUCCUCUUUUGCUAGACACAGACAACCUCACCUGCAGCAAUGUUACAUCCUGCAAGCUAAGAAAUGGAGGAUGUGAGCACAUCUGCUCGGUGAGGGCUGAGGGCCAGGUCCAGUGUAGCUGUCGGGCAGGCUGGAAGUUGGACGAGAACCAAAGGAGCUGCGUGGAUGUGAAUGAGUGCGGGGACUUCACAAACGGAGGUUGUGAACAGCUCUGUUUGAACCAUCCGGGGGGGUUUAACUGCACCUGCAGGGCAGGGUAUGAAGUGCGAACUGAUGACCUCACCAAGUGCCAGCCUGUGUGUAACCCUUACUGUCACAACUAUGGAGUGUGUGUGGCCCCAAACAGCUGUGAAUGUCCUCCAGGCUACCCUGGACAAGGCUGCUCAGCCAUGUGCUCCCCACCCUGUGCCCACGGAGGUACCUGUAUGCGCUGGAACAAGUGUCUGUGUCCUCCUGGCUGGACCGGAGCAGGCUGCCAUACAGCGGUCUGUGAGCUGCCCUGUGCUAAUGGUGGUCGCUGUGUGGGGCCUGAUACCUGCCAGUGUCCCUCGGACUACACCGGCACCCAGUGCCUCUUGC